AUGGAAAAACCUACUUCGUCUGAUGCCAAGCCUCAACAAGUACAAUUAACGGGGAUUUCGCCACCUAAACCGCUUCGUAUGGUUGGUGAUAAUCUCGCUGAAAUCUGGAGACUUUGGAAACAGCAAUGGGAAAAUUAUGCCAUUGUAGCACAACUUGACGAACGCCCAGAAAAGUUUCGUGUCGCUAUGUUUCUACAUGCUGUUGGUCCUGAAGGGCUUAAGGCCUACAACACAAUGACAUUCGAAGACGAACCAACAUUACAGAGCAUUCUCUCAAAUUUUGAACAGCUGGCUAUCGGGACACUAAAUGAAACUUAUGAAAGAUACAUUUUUAAUCGAAGAAAUCAAGAGCCCGAUGAAAGUAUCGCUCAGUAUAUAACAACAUUAAGAGCCUUGUCUCGCACAUGUAAUUUUGGCGAUUUACAUGACAGUCUGCUGAGAGACCGAAUUGUCCUUGGUGUUAAUGACCCGAAUACUCGAAAGAAAUUGCUACAAGAAAGAGAUUUAUCGCUGGAUCGUUGCAUAGAUAUCUGCAAAGGGGCAGAAGCAACUAAACAUCAAAUAAAAGCAAUGGGAGAAGAAGGAAAGAUUCAGCAGAUGCGAAAGAACUUUGAAAAGAAAAAGAGGCAAUAUAAUCCAGUUCAAAAGGAACAAUAUUCUGGUAUACGAGAGUGCAAAUUUUGUGGACGUAAACACGAAAUGGUGAAAUCAAAGUGUCCUGCCUUAGGUAAGACUUGCAAUUUAUGUAAGCGUAGUAAUCAUUUUGCUGCUAAAUGCCCUAGAAAGGAUAAGAAAAUUAGGAUUGUUGAAGAGACAGAUUCGUCUGAACUGUCAUCAGAGACCGAAUUUAUAAGUACAGUCUCAAGAAUAAACUCCCUCGGGGGGAAGUCGUCCGCUGCAAUAUAUGCCAAUAUGUUAAUUGAUAAUCAGCCUGUAAGAUUUCAAGUUGACUGUGGUGCCUCAGUUAAUACAAUUUCUAAACGCCUCGUACAAGGAAAAAAAAUAGACAAUGGUCCUGUUAGUCUGCGAAUGUGGAAUUCAUCAAAAGUGGAAGCUAUAGGAACAUGCCGUUUGAAAGUCAUUAACCCAAGUAAUAACAGGAAGUAUUCUAUAGAAUUUGUGGUAGUAGAUAAUGAUGAUUUGACUCCUCUGUUGGGUUCUAAAGCUUCACAACAGAUGGGGCUCAUAACAGUAAACACUGACAAGUUUGUUUGCAUGAAUGUUAUCACUGGGUUACCUCAGUCAGAAACGAAAUCUAUUCGAGAUGAGUUUGCUGACAUAUUUGAUGGAUCCCUCGGAACAUUCCCUGGAACAGUCCAUUUAGAAACUGAUUCAUCAGUAACCCCAUCUAUUCUACCACCCCGACGAGUACCUCACGCUAUAAAAGACCAGUUAAAGGGAGAGUUAGAUGAUAUGGUUAAAAAAGGGAUUUUGAGCCCA